UCUGAAUCUGAUAAAUACACUAAAUUAAAAACAACGAUUUCCUAUUUAUAAGGCAAAUAGAAAAAGCAACACAGUCAUUAUAAGUGGAAAUGUAGCCUUUAAAGUGAAUUUCAGUGACAUUCUCAACAUUAUGUUGGGGGUUCUAUAGACAAUAUUUCUUCUGAGCAUUCACUGCAUAGCUGAAGUCCUUUUUGAGCUCUAUUUAUAGGGUUGGCUUCUUGCUGCAAUGUGAAAAGUAACUUGAUUCCAUCUGUUCAGUCCCAGCAUGUUGCUUCUCAGCUGUUGGCCAGGCGGGUAGUGAACUAUCAUUCUGCCACAGACAGUCCAAACAGUCUGAUGGAGCCGGUGGUGGGAGAGCUGCAGGAGCUCAACAUAUGCAGCUCCAACUUGCUGGGCCUGCCAGAGCCUUGCUCCUUGGAUAGUGAUGAUGAACAACUAGAUCUUGGGGGUAUUAAACCCAAAUCAUCACCUAUUCCAAGGCGGCGAAGCUCAUUGUCCUGCUCUGAUGAUGACUCUCAGCCUCCACCUUCCAGCUCCCGGAGAGUGUCUUUUGCAGAUGCUUUUGGAUUGAGCUUGGUCUCAGUAAAGCAGUUUAACACCCGGUCCAUGUGUGAUCCUGCAGAAUCGCUGGAGGUUGAGUUUAAGGAUUCCAAGGAAUACUAUCUAAAGGUUCUCUUUGCUCUUCCACUGACACUGGAGGAGCUGCUCUAUAGGGUCCAAGAGCAGAAGGUGGAUCUGGAGAGUCUGGAGCUUAUGCCUGGGACAACCACCCUGAAAGGGAGUGUUCGUGUUCUGAACUUGUGUUUUGACAAGCUGGUCUAUAUCCGCACAUCUUUGGAUUGUUGGAGCAGCCACUUUGACCUGUUGGCAGAGUAUGUGUCUGAGUCAAGCCAAGGACUUACAGACUGUUUCUCUUUCAAACUAACAAUGGUGCCUCCUUUUGGGGAGCGAGGAGCCAGAGUGGACUUCUGCAUUCGAUAUGAAACACCUUUUGGAACGUUCUGGGCUAACAAUGGUGGACAGAAUUAUGUUGUGUUUUGCCAUGAAAAGGCAAAAGAACAAGAUGAAAAUGAGAAACUUGUGCCAAAAAGCUGUUUGAAACCAAGCAGAAAUUCCUCUAUGACCAGCACUACCUCAAAUGCAGAGGAAAUUCCAGAAAUAAUCCUUAAUUGCGGAAUAGCUGCGGUUACUGAACCUGUGGGCGUCAAAGAAGAACAAACACAGGAGGAGCACACACAACUGAAAGAGGAAAACAGCAGAAACAACAGCAGAAGAAGCCGAAGAAAAGCCGCACGGAUGGCAAAAUUACAGCAGUACUUUGCAAAACGAGAUGAAAAAGACCUCCAGCAGACUGAGAACGACAAUGAUAAAGUGGAUGUUCCUGUUCCAGUAAUAGAUGAGUCACCUUUAAAUCUGUCGACACCAGAAACAAAUGUCGCCUCUUUGCCUGCUGAGCCUAGAACAAGCGAAGGACAGAGAUCCAUCAACACAAUCCAGGUUCCCGCACCACAAACUCAAGCACAGGAAAAGGACAAUAUUAAAGUAACACACCCCGAACCAAUCACUUCCAAAUUUCAGCCUAGUCCACCCUCGCUGGACUCUGAAAGCAGUCAUAUAUCUGUGGUGGAUUUGCAGCUGUUGGAGAGCAGCCAAGAUAAAGAGACAUCUACCAGCCAGGAUGGUUCUUUUAAGUGCCAAAUGUCAGACAAUUCUAUUGGUGAAACUGUUGAAAAGGCAUGGGAAUGCUUUGAAAAAUGUGCUUUGGAAAAGAAGGAAAGCACUGAAGACACAGACAGCAGAAAUCAAAUGGACAACACACUUUUAGAGGAUAAGCAAGGCAUUCAGUCGUUCGGCUGUCACUAUACAUUUGAGACAAUAGUGGCUCCACUUUACCAUCAAGUUUUUGAAAGAAUGGAAAAUGACAGACGAGGGGUUAAGAACAGAACAUCCAAAGCGGAUAAGUCGGUUAGGAAACAGGAUGAUGGGAGUCUGAGAAUAGUCACGUACCCAGUUGUGGAGACAAGGUCAAAUCCAGAAAUAUCUGCAAAACAUGUGAGCGACGAUGCUAAGUGUCAUGGGGCGUGCAAAGAAACAUUUCCAGAAUAUUUACAUAACACACAGAGGGCUACUGAAAAUGCUUUAUCUCUUCUGAAUGAGAAAACAAAACUUGUUGCCGAGAUUGCUUUGCAGGAUUCUGCUUUACCAGAUAUCACUGACAAUCUGUUGGAUGCUUCUAUUUCAGAAUCAAAAACAGAGCAAGCCUUUAUACCUACAGAGGAACAACAUUUAUUAAACAGUCAGCCCUUAGCUUCUAGUAAAGAUUCCACAUUCUGUCGAGAGCAAACACCAGAAUAUAUAAAAUACAACAAACCUCCCUGUAGCGAAUAUUCACAAAGCACUUUACAGCAAGAGCUGGUAUGUAUAGACAAUGCAAUUUUACCCAUAGAGUCUGAAGUAGACUUUAUUACUACCAAUCCCCCACCAACUAUAGUUUCUAAACAACAAUCUGAAGAAAUAUUAGUAACCCAGACAUCUAUUGAGACUCAAAUUAGUGAAGAAAUUGAUAAAAUACAUGAUGAAGAACCACAAACAUCCGAGCAAACCUUGAACACUUGCAUCAGUUGUUUGGAGAAAAGCAACACUCCCAUGCCUGGCCCAACUGUGUUCCAUUCUGACAUUUCAUCAAAUGUCACACCUAAAAUUAUCCAAAGUAAUGCUUCAGGUCCCUCUCAGAAUCUGACACAUGGGACCAUCAAAUCCCAAAUACCAGCCCCCAUUUUCUUUACUCAAAACCUAGAGGCCACUGAAGAUAUCAAACUUCAAAUCCAAUCUGCAGAUGACAUAAAUCUGAUUCGGAAGAAAACCCUGUGUCAAAAUAAUGACCGUUUUAAUCAUGCUGGAUCUGAGACCCAAUCAAAUCUAAGUAAUAGAAAUGAUGGUGUCGAUCAUUUGGAGGAAAUAGAAAAAGGCAGUGAGACCAUUCGAACACAAAUAUUGCAUAAGAGCCCAGAAGAGACAUCUGCAGAUAGGAUUUUAGAAAACCUUGUAGGUAUGAGCCAAAUAAAUGAAAAUAAAAGUUCACAUUUAAAUUUUCCUGAUGAGCUUCCAGAUUUUAAUGGAAUUUUAAAUAAAAAUAUGGAAGUACCUAAUAUUAGUAGCAAUCCUGACAAUCUUGAAGAUACCUUACAAGGAGAAGAAGAAGAGUUUAAAGAAAAUGACCAGGUAAAAAAUCCUAAUAAAAUGGAAGAGCAAGAAUUAACAGCUGUGACAGAAAUCCAAUUAGAGGAAGUAAAGGAAAUAAGCGAAGUAGAAAAGCCAUUAGAAGUGAAAGAUCCACAAAAGGAAGGCAAACACGAAAAUCAAGUAGAAAAAAAGGAACAAGAAAUUGGUAAAAAAGCAGAAUUGGAUAGUAAAGAGAAAAUUAAAGAUGGGUCAUAUUCCACAGAGGAUGGUGAAGAAGACACACAGGAGGACGGCAAGGAAAAAGACGCUGAGCCAAGAAGAAAUAGAGUGGAAGAUCAGGAAGAUCUUGCAAAACAUCUUGCAGCAGAGAUUGAGAAGCAGGAGAUGGUCGAUGGAGUAACAUCUAUGGUCAGGACACAAAGCAUCCUAAACAUAGACUCUCUUAUUAGUGAGGUUCACCUACAUGUGGGACAUAAACAGCAAAACACAGGUUUGGAACAGAUGUCUGAGGAAGCAGUAAGUGAAAGACGCUCCACUUGUGAAAAAGAAGACAUUUUCCGCGAUACUGAUUCAUCACAGCAAGCUUUGUUACUGAACAGUGAUGCCGCAUUUAAUGAGCAAGAUAAAGAGGAAGAUGUGUGCUGCCAAAUAGACAAAACGGGUGGGACAGAAGAUACUACUGGAAAGGUUGCAGUGCUGAAGGAGCAGGAGAAAGACUCCUUAAACAAGCAGAGUGAGAACAUGGAUGAUGGCGCCUCCACAGAAUCUCUAACAGAUGAUGAAAUGGAGCUGUAUCUCCUCAGACUGAAGAACACACAGCAAACAGGACUUAAAGAUAGCAUAUCUAUGGGAAAGAGGCACUCCAUAAGCAGAACGUGGACAAUAGCAUCACCCAUGCCUUCAAUAUUAGAAAAUAUGGAUGAGGACCAGCCACAUGCUUUGAUGGAUGAACUGACAAAUGAACAAACUGUAGAACUAGAGAGAGCCACUCGACCUCUAUUGGACAAGGAUGUCAUUCAGCCGAAUGUAUUAUGGUGGAGAGAGCUCUUCUCCUUUGAUAAUAUGCCAAACAUUAUUGUGUACACCCUUUUGUUCGUUGUUUUUUUAAUCACUGCAUACAUUUGCGACUUCAUUGCAUGUUUUACACUCUACCUGCUUGCCCUGUAUUGGCUCUACUUUCAAGUACAGAGAGAACCUAUAAAAGGGACUUGAUCCAACGAGACAAUAAAAAGACUUUUACUGGUGUUCAAAUUACAUUUAUUUCAAUUGUGGGCCAUUAUCUGUAUUUCAGCUUUAUUGUUUUGCAACCUACAUCAUGUAAGUUUUUGGGUACAACAUGACAAAUAUAUAUGUGCAGCUUGUUUGCUAAUUCGGAACAACAUUUUCAUUACCGACAUCCCUCCUUGAAUAUAUAUAUAUAUAUAUAUAUUUGUAAUAUGUAUAAUUUAAACCAGUACAUAAUGUAAAAUAGCAACCACAAAUUAAAUCCACACAUUUUGGCAUGUGAUUAAGGUCAAGUUCCCUUCACACACCUUUCCUACCAUGUUUCC